CGAAGCAGGUAUUGUAAGCUCCUAAAGGAUGUUCUGCGCCAUGAAAGAGAAACAAAACUACAAAACCUGUUCCCAGUUUCUGGUCGAAUGAAGUGAAGUGCGCUGAGGUUUCAAAGGAAGAUAUCUGCUGACAAAAUUCAUUACAAACUAACAGAGGAGUCCGUUUUAUUCAGGUGUUCGUUCAUUUAAAGAAGAGAACAUGAAUUGUAUUCCUCUCGUCCUGCUUCUCUUUGGUUUGAGCUCAACGCUAGCACAGAAUGCAACAUCUCCAAAUACUACAACACAAUCUUCGACAACUUCGACAACACAGACUACAAGUAAAGCACCGACUACAACGCCACGUCCAAGUUGCGAGAGCAAGAAUGGUACAACCUGUGAGGAAUGCUUGGCAUAUGUGGAUUGUCUGUGGUGCAUUCCAACUAAAACAUGUUUAACGUACCCAGCCAAAACCAUCCUGCCCCCCAAUUCCCUCUGCCCACUGAAUAAUGCUCGAUGGGGCCUUUGCACAAUAAACUUCCAGAUUUUGAUCAUUACAUUGUCAGUGGCUGCAGCGCUGCUCAUCAUUGGUUUUUUGCUGUGUAUUUUCUGUUGCUGCAAGUGUGAGAACAUUGGAUCUGCUCGAUUUCAAAACAGGAUGAACCGGCAAUCAGACAAGACAAAAACAAAACAAGAGCAGAGAAAAACUGAGUUGAAGAUUAGACAUGAUGAGAUCCGACAAAAAUAUGGUCUCAGCAGGGCAAGUCCUUACGCCAGAUUUGACAAUCCAAGCUAAAAUGAUGGGUGCACUGUUUUAAAGAUGAAUACUUUGACUAUCUGCUGCCUAUUUGAAAAUGAUUACAAUAGAUGAAAUCAUAUGACUCCACUGUGCUCAAACUGAUGAUUUUCAGCUUAAGUAAAAUUCAGCUUAAUGUCAUUUCUGUUAAUUUAUUUUAUUUACUACAAUUUUCCACAAAGUAUUCAAUCAAUGUAACCCCCCACCAUAAUAAUAUGAAAGUAACUUUAUAUAUAUAUAUAUACAAUCAAAAUAUUCUUUGUAAAAGUAUCUAUCUCUCUCAUCUGAAGCCAAAUGAGCAGCUGAGGUUUGGAACAGAGUGAAGGAUUGCAUAUUAGUCCAUGACUGUUUUUCAUAGCCUAAUAUAUAUCAUAA